AUGUAGCCAUGUAUCCUCUUCUUCAGGAAUGUCUUAAAGACUAAAUUGAACCAACAUACUGUACUGCACAUGCUACUAAACUGCAGUGUCUACAAUUUUUCCAGAAAUCAUGGGAAUUGCUCUUCAUUUUCUCUUCUGAUCAAAUCUAAUUCUGCUUCAGUACAUGUAUUUUACAAGAAUCUUUUCGUCUCUUUUGUCUUCUGCUCUUCUGAACUUUGAUUUGUUUCCUUGCUGUGCACUGGAUUAAUUCAUUGCUUUGCUAUAUUUUCAAAUUAGAUACAAAUAUUCGGAGGAAAGAGUGUUUAAAUGUCACCGUAAUGACAUUCCUCUGUAGGUGUGUUCAUAUCUUCUAAAGAUGUCAGAUACAGAUUUCAUCUCUUUCGGUUGUCUUUUUCUGUAGUUUGUCGGAGCAGCUGCAUACCUUUAGAUAUAUAUGCUAAUGUAAAGUUGGUGAUCACCUUUAUUCUCAAGGAAUAAUCUUGUAAUGGAAUAGAACAUCUUUUCUAUCUGGAGUACAUGUAUGUACUGGUUAAUGUACAUGUACCAAUGGACAUUGCAUAAAAGAUACCAGCUUUGCUGUAUUUCAGUGAACUGGUUGCAGUACUCCAAAUUGUACUAUUUGCUUUAGUCAUUGAUUUCAGGAAGAAAUUAAACCCAACUUGAUCUUCAUCCUUGUCUUGAUCUUGAACUUGAGGAGUUAACGUCCAAUUUUACCAGUUCGUGCAGACAGAAUGGGUUUACCUGCAGUGCCUCCGCUGCAUGCUGAUUACCAGCGCAAUCCGUACAAUCCCCCGGCAUGUGACAGCCGGUGCCCCACCUGCUUCAGUCGAUGUAGAUCAGAAAUAUGGAGUUCUAUCGGGGGCGCUGGCAUGGUCAAAUUUCUUGCAAAGGACAAAGACUUAGCCAAGCUACAAAAUCCUCAAAUCAAAACCAACCUAAAGCGAGAAGUGGCAUGGAACAGUCGCUUUCAUUUACAACCUCAGUCAUCAUCUGCAAGCCCCUUGGCCACCUAUAGCAGCCUCCAGGACAAGCACCUGGUGGGUUACUUCAACAACACCCGCAUGAAGAAACACCUGCGGAGGGCCGGACUGGUCACCAGGCGUGGUGAGCUCGUCACCGAGUCCACCUACCGGCUCAACAUGGCACGCAAGGAACACCAGCGCCAUGUCAGGGAUCUGAUGGCUCAAGCUAUCGUCCACAAGACCCUUGAUCUGGAGAGACAGAGGCAGGCAGACAUCAAGCAGAAGCUGGAGGAGAUUGCUAAAGUGGAGUUGGUCAGGAGAGUCAGGAUGGAUAGAGGAAGGAAAGGAGAUGAAGAUAUCACCCAAUACUUGAGCCCAAGGGGGAGACCUAAAUCUGCUUACAACAGCCAAUCAAGACAGCCACAGCCACCUCGUAGUGGAGGGAGGCCAUCUACUGCACCAGCCAGACAAAGGCCAUCAUCUAAGAGGGCGGGUGUGGUAUAUGUUGACCAGGAUGGGUUCCCUGUACAUCGUGAGUCUGCUAGGUCAGACAGAUCUGAUACAAGCAGUAAUGGUGAAGUCGACUCCCCAGCACUCAGAGAGUUGGACCCAAAGAUUUUACACAGGAUCUCUUUGAACCUGAGACCUGAUGAGAAAGAAGGUCUCUCUCCAUACUCCCCAGACGUGACCCCGCGACCCCCUGGAGCCAGGUCAAAGGGUCAAAGAUCACCAAGGACCAAGACUGGAGGCGGGGUAGUCUCCAAAAAUGGCAGGGGCUAUAGGCCCAGAUCGAAUAAGGGUUCCCUUGCUCUCCAUCGGAAGGAGCCAGCCUACCCCCAUGCCACCCAGCUUCAGAGUAUGUGUGAUGUGACGGUGAGGUACCGCGGUACCGGCCUCAAACUUCAGUAUGAGAGGGAGGAUAAGAGAGACGAGAUUCAAGUCUACCAGCAGCAUUGCGGAGGAGAGAACCUUGUUGUGUUUCAGGGCUUUGCCGAGAAAGGGAAUGAUCUGAUCUUUGUGUCACGUCGUCACCGUGGUUACCCAUUCAGCGUGACGUUCUUUGUCAACCGUGUUCAGGUUCUUCGUCUUAGUGCAUGCUGUGAGUAUAAGUAUACUCCGGGAGCGUUGCUUGGAGGCUCAAAGGGACACUUCAAAUUCAUUGGGGUCCAUGGAUCAUCUCCUUGCUACAAAUGUCUAGUAGAAGCAGAGUUUGCAAGGAGAGAGAGGCAGAGAUACAAGGACGUUCAGACGGAUACCAUCGUACCAGAACCAGAGCCGGAACCAGAGCAUGCGGGUAUGUCUACCCAGACAGAACCGCAGGAGGAUGAAGAAGAUGAAGGAAGAAAAGAGGAAUCAACUCAAAUGGAAGAGGAAGCAAAUGAUGGUUAUGAGGACGAUGAGUUUGAAGAAGAUGAAGAACAGAAAGAUGAUGAAGAUAAAGAGGAGAAAGAUUAUGAAUCAGAUGGCUUCUCAUCAGAAGCAGAGAAUGAAAAAGAGUCUAUUCAUGCUGAAGACAAGAAGACGGAAGACAAAUAUGGCGAUUCUGAUUUUGAGGUGGAAUCUGAAAAAGAAGAGGAAGAAAAAGAAGAUGUUGUAGAGGAAGUUGAAGAGGAUGAAGAUGAGAAAAGUGACCUUGAGGUGGAUUCUGAAAAAGAAGUAGAAGAGGAGAAAGAAGAAGAGGUGGUUCCAGAAGAAAAAUAUGGCUCUGACAGUGAACAAAGCAAGAGUGCCCUUGAAGAAGUGGAGGAGACAUUUCAACAAGAAGAUGUGGAAGAAGUAAAAGAUGAACCAGAAGAAAAAGAAGAUGACAAAGAGGAGGAGAGGAGUCUGUUUAGUGCCUCUGAGGGAGAUAACCGACUCUUGUCUUCUGAUGAAGAAGACGAGGAUAAGAAAAGUCUGUUGGAGGGUCAAAGAAACCAUACAGAAUCUGAAGCUGAUUUUAAGAUUUCAAGCUCUGCUGAUGAGGAUGAAAAGGAAGAGGAGGCCGAGAGACAGACUUUGAAAGAUUCAGAUGAUGAAAAAGUUGAAGAUGAAAAGGAAGACAAAGCUGAAGUCAAGGAAGAUGAAGGCUCAGAUAGGGACAUCUCCCAGAGUGCCAGAGAUGAGGUGGAGGAGACGGAAGAAGUGCUCGAAGAAAGUCUUACUCUAGAGGUUACUGCAGAAACGGAAGUGGAUCCUCCUCCUCAAGAAGCUGUUCUUGUCCAGGAAGCUACCUUGGUUAGAGAGAAUAAUGAGGAUGAUGCUGCUCAAGCUGAGGAACAGACCCUGGAUGAAAAUACUGUGGAGCAGGAAGCACAGGUUGAAAGAGAUCAGGUGGAAGAAGAAGAUGAGAAGAAGGAAGUCAGCCCACAGGAUGAUGAUGCAGGUAAUGCCAGGGAUGCUGAGGAUACCCAGAGUGUACAAGAUGAGGACAUGCCAGUCCAGAGUUCUGUUGAGCCUGAGAUAGAGCAGUUGGAAGAGACAAAAGAUGAUGCCUCAGAGGCUCAGCAAGAAGAUGAAAAGGAAACUAUGUAUAGUGCUCCUGUACAGGAUCAUGCUGAGGCAGGUGUUGAAGCAAAUACUGAAAGGGAAGAUCCAAGACCAGAAGAACAGGAAGUCCCUGAAGUUGAACAGGAAGAUGUUGUUGAACAGACACAGGACAUUCAAUCAGAAGAUCCUGUAGAAACUCAACAGGAAGGUGAACCCCUUGAAGAAGGUCCAAAAGAUGAGGCAGAUCCAGCAGAUGAAGGUGUUUCCCAAGAGGCUCAGGACAGUGAAGCACAACAAGAAGUGCCUCUUGAGGAUACUGUAGAUGCUCCUGUUGAUGAACCAACCCAGGACAUCCAAGAUAGAGAGUCAGAACAAGGAAUAACAGAAGAAAGUGCACAGGAAAAGGAGGAGAAUGAGGAAAAGAUUAAUGAUUCACGUCAAAAUAAAGAAGAAAUGGAGGAAGAACAGGAGGCUGCAGAAACUGUAAAUGAGAAGGAAGAAGAGGAAAAGAAGGAUGCUGAGAAAGAUGAGGAGAAGGAUGAAGAGAAGGGAGAGAAGGAAGAUGGAUAUAGAUCAGACUCCAGCUCAUCCAGCUCCAGCUCUGAUUCUGAAGAUGAGGAGAAACAGAAGUUGAAGCUAUCUGGUUUUAUUCAAGAACAAGCAACUGAUUCAUCUUACAGUCGACUUGCUUUGAACAUGAAUGAGAAGAGCCUUGGUAGUGAUCAGGCCGAACAGAUAGCCCAGGCCUUGCUCGAAGACCCCAAGUACAAAUCUAUUGAAUAUCUUCUGCUCCGCGCUAAUCCACUAGAGGACAAAGGUAUAUCAGCCAUCAUGCAAUCCUUGAUAACCCUACACCAUCAGAUCCCUGAGGCAACCGAAGAUGCGGAGGAACAACCUAAGACAGGGAUCAAGUUGACACACCUCGACCUAGGAGACACCAAGAUUACUAAUAAGGGAGCUGUGGAUGUUGCAGACUUCCUCAAACUACCUACAAACAUCACCAACGUCAACCUCAGUGACAACUCCCUGGGACGGUCUGGUUGCAAGGCCCUCGCCGCUGGCCUCAGAUGCAACAAGAGCCUGUCAACUCUCAGUAUAGAGUAUGCAAGUCUGGGAGACAGUGGUUGCAGGGAGAUCAUUGAGGCGAUACGUGACCAUCCCACGCUUCGUGAGCUGAAUCUGGAAGGGAAUGGUAUCACCGAUGAGAGCGCCCGUGCCCUUCUGCAGCUGGUGAAGGAUAACAGUGUCUUGACCUCAAUCAACUUCGUAAGGGAUAAUCAAGUCACACAAGAACUGGCUGAAGAGAUUGAGGAGAUCUUGAAAACUGGAGAGUUCAUCUGGUAACUGAUUAUUACAGGAUUGCUAUCGACCUCAUUCAUGUGCGAAUGUUACCUGCUCAAAAGCUGUUGUAAAUGUCAAGACAAAAAAAGCUGAAUAUCCAGACAAGAAACAUUGUCUGUGAGCAACACAUGCACUUAAAGAGAAGUGAAUAGUUGCCUGCACAGUAUGCAAAUUAUGAUAAAGGCACAUAUGUCAGAGAACACUUCCUUUAGCUGCCAUUAGUUUUUAUUGUCUCUGACAUCAUUUGUUGGUCUUGGCAAAUUGGUCCUCAAUUUAAUAGCAUUUUCAUAUCUUAUGAAGAUAGUGUAUAGGCCUACUAUCACAGAUGGUGACAAUAUUUCAUCCCAUUAUUUUAGACUUAGUUGGUUGCAGGCUUGCAGAAUUAUUGAGUCUGUCUCUCAGAAGAUGACAAACAACUUUACAAUGUCAAAGAAUUUGAGAGGGAGGUGAUCUUUGAAGGGUUUGAUGAUGGUAUGGAUAACAUAUGGGGAGGUUUUAUGGCUCACCUGGUGUUGGGUACCGAAAAGGACGGUGGAAUAAAGUCCCUCAGUGAUGGACUGUCAAGCUUAUUGGAGUGUCAAGCCUCAUCACCUCUUCAACUGCUUUUAGCUGUCAUCAGGGGACCGAUUCAUGAAAGAUGUCAGCACUGGCAAUGUGUCUUUGUCUGACAGUUACCAUAGUAACAGUAAGAAGCCAGUGCCUCUCUGUCAAUCAAAAGCUAGGAUUUCACUGAAAUAGUCAGCUCUGACAAUUUAGUCAGUGCUAACAACUUUCAUGAAACAUCCCCCUGGUCUACAGUUCUUUCAAAGCUUUACCCAAUCUCGCAAAGUAAUUCUCUCUUCUCUCUCCCAGUAUUUUUUGCUUUUGUGUCUCUCACUCCUCUCCAUUGCUUUCUUUUUCAUUUCUCAUUUGUUAUUUUUAUUCUGCCAUAGUGCUUCCCAGUACUAACUACACAAGGAAUCAUAAACCUCAACAUUAACAUGAGGGUAUACAUAUAUAUUUUUACUACGUCCAAGUUAUUUUUGUAUGUUUAAUGAAACUGUAAUGACUUACAAGUACUGACUGAAAAUCGUUGGACCAUGUAAGGCCUUUUGACCUGAUGUAAUCUAGCGUAUACAUGUAAUUUUAGAGUGCAAUUUCUGUAUCAUAAACCUGUCUGAGUAUUUGGGGGGGAUUCUGAGUUAGAAUAUUAUAUAUGUUCAUAGGUUGAUGUGUGUAUUUGUUUAAAGGAUUUCAGGCAUAAUUUUUAAUACUAAUCAAAUGGAAAAAUAGCAUGUUCAGUUUGAUGUGAUUAUCAUCAAGGUUCUAUUUUAAGUAGAAUUUAAUUGCAAUUCAAAUUGAAACUUCGCAGUUGUGAUUGAUGAUGAGUUAAGAAUAUACUGUAGGUUAGAUCGGGAACGUGUUCUCCCUUUCAUGUCCCCGAUGAGAUACAGAUAAAAUCAACCUGUAUAUAUAUAUAGAGAGAGGGAAAUCUGUAGUUUUUUUUAAUGCUACCAUAUAUUAUUAUGUAUGAUCAUUUCAGAGAGACUCUUCUCUAUCCUGUCUCAUUGAGAGGGAGAAGAGGAGAGAGGUAGAAAGAGGGGGGGGGGGGUGAAUGAAAGAGAGUGAAAGAGAAUGAGAAGGAUUAAUUAUCAAACCUUGACUCGUUGACCAAUAGUAUUUGAUAUCAGAUUUCAUCUAUAUAUUUUAUCUUGAUAUAGCUUUGUCUUGAAAACUAAAAUAACAAGUACAUCUAUGUUUGCCUAUGAAUUAACAAACGAUUCCUUUGAUUGUGUGUGUGAUAGCAUAAAGUACUUCACACUCUUUCCACCUUGAAACUAAGAACCAUAUAUUGUAAAGAGGUAUCUCCUUUAUUGUAAAAUGAAAUUAAACAAAAUAUAUUUUAAUGUAGUUGUGAGAUAAUUGCUUGGGCAUUUUCUGUACAGGUAUAGAGAAUAUGUAUUUUUCAAUUGUACUUUAUCCUCUUGAUUUCUUUUAUUCAUAAAUGACUAUAUUCACUUUCAUAUUCAUCAGCAGUUGCAAGUAGUAUGUACAUAUAAUGAUUGUUAUUUGUUAAUUAUGAAUGCAUAUAAACAUACUUGGAUAAUUGUUAUUACAAUAUUUUAUUGAAAGAGAUUGGUGAUAUAGAGAAAGGUUGCUACAUGUUAAUCAACUAAAUGAAGCUGUAAGUAUGGUGUGUUUAGUUUGUAUAUUUGUAUAUAUUGAAGCUUGUACACAUCUGGUAUAGAAAUUGAAGUCAUCAUUAGUUGUAUGCGGCCAAACAAAAUUCUUCACACAUUGUAUGGCUUUGCAAGAUAUUGAAAUAUUUUUUUCUAUAAAUUUUACUGAGGAGUGUUUAGUUUUACAAUAUUCAAGCAUGCUUUAUAUUAACCAUAAUGUUCCCACUGGAAGAAGAAUGUGCAGAAAUGCAGUCAGAAUUAAAUUCUCUCUUUUCUUUUACGACACAUUAAACAAUCGAAUGCAUUCCAGAAAUUUGGACCAAUUUAUGGGUCCAGAUCCAAUAUUUUGCUUGAAAAAAGCUUGAUGUACAUUGAAAGAAGGUAACAUUAUACUGCAUAUGGAGAGCAUUCUAAAUGUACUCUUAAUGAAAAAUAGUAUUCAAACAACAUUCCAACAACAAUAAUUCAAAACAAUUUGAUUUCAUUGAAAGCAUAAUUGAGAUUGUUCAAAAAAAAAUUUCAAAACUUAAAUCCAUCAUUCUGGAUAUUUCUGCCUAGUUUCUGCUAAUUCUGAAUUGAUGUUAUGACUGAGCUUACUAUAGAACACAACCUAAUAAUGCAGCAUUUAUGUGUAAUGUGUGUGUGAUUUUAGUAUGCUGCAUAAUGCGUGAUCAUUAUGCUUUUGAUGAACAUUUUCUUCAAAGUUGUCAUUAUUAGUUGGUGUGAAUUUGAUUAUAAGAAUGUUAAGAACUUGAUAUUUUGGAUCAAUUGUAUGAUUCUGACAAGUACCUGUGUAUUUUUAAUUGUUCAUAUGUAUAUUCUAGUAUUAUUUUUGUUAGUAAAGCAAAGAAAUUGAAUACUAGUACAUGUUUAUAAAAAUUUUGAGAGAUGUGGGGAUUUAACAUCGUACAUGAAGUGAAAUCAUUUUGGGAGGCUAAUAUACAAAUAUGAAUAUGUUUUAUUGAAGUUGUUCAGCUUAAGGCAAUUGAAUGAUUUAUCAAAUAGAUAUUAUAAAUUGAUUAUCAUAGUAAGCUGUUUUAAGCUAUCAUGCUUGUGUCUAUCUGUGUAUGUAUCUGGCGAUUUGAAUGAAAAAAUAAAAGUCAAAGAUUGGAAGAAAUAUGCCUAUUUGUGUACAGCAGUUUGAUCAAAAUCCACAACUGCACAUACCAGUGGCGGACCGUGACCUGGAGGAGACAAUUGAGUGGAGGGGCACUGUAUCGUUUGUAAACAAUGCUUUGUCUCCUCCGGGUCACGGUCCGCCACUGGCACACACUGUAACUAAUACCUGAUGGCACAAACUGGAUGAUAUUGUAUUAUCAAUGUAUUACUUUAGAAGCACAGUAUCCUAAUCACCCUUUGGAGUUAAUAAUCACUUUUUUUUCUAAAUUAAUCUUAAUGCAAGUCCUACUCUGUAAGCCUGCUUGAGUUUGGUAGUCACUUGAUAUUUCCAUACAUGCACCAAAAUGUUGCUUUUGUUACAACUCUGAUAGUACACUGAUUUGUAAUGGGCUGUAAUUGACCGUUGAGUUGUUUGACAAAGUUACUGGUCAAACUGAAGCAUUACUCAACUGACAUUUAUGGUUCACUGUCUAUCUGUCAUUAAGUAUGAAAAUAUACUUCAAGAUUACUCUCAUCUCUUCAUGCAUUCAAUUGAAAAAAGGCAAUUAAUUCAAAUAUGAUGGGAUGAUGUCAAAACUCAUAUUCAUAUGUCAUUUUGGGAUAGUUCAGGCUUUUGAAAAAUGGCAAUGUCUCUCUAUAUGUCAUCUCAUAUGAAAAUGCACAAUGCAUGCCUAGUGUACUGUGUUUGAAAAAUAAAAUAUCUUGAUACAUUAAAGCUAAUUUCUUAUACAUGUAUGAAACUCAUGCUAUUCAUAUUAACAGUUGUAUACAUUACCCUUUAUAUUUUUCAAAUCAAGUUCAUACAAAAUACCUUCUAAGUUCCGAUGGUGCCUUAUGAAUAAUAUUCAUAUUUCUUUUCUGCUCAGAAAAGAAAUAUGAAUAUUAUUGAUAUUAUUCAAAUUCUGUGAAAUAAAUUUUUUUGACAAGGGAUGUCUAAAGUUGGAAUGACAUGGCUUAUAGAAUUUUCAGAACAAUUUCUGAAAACAGAGUGAUCCCUUUCAGUAAAUGUAAAUUACUGUAUUAGCAUUUCCCUCCUUUCUCAUGCAGGUUGCCUCUAUUUUCAUUAUAAGAUUGACAUAACCAUACAAGUGUAAGAUUUUUAUUGCAAUGAGUUUUUAUGCUUCUUUCUUUUAUGCAAGCUCUGUACUAAACACUGCUUUACAGUUUGAAUUAUGUGACAUUUCUAAUGCAAAACGUGCACUUAUUAAUUUAUCCGUCCAACUACUGUCUCACAAUAUAUUUCGUCUUUCUGUGUUUAUUUUCUCACAAGCGAAUUUGUUAUUAGAGCAUAGUGAUCAAAGUAUAAUAAAUUAGAACAAAAUG